AUGGACAUAGAAAUUCCAGAAAACACCAAGAAUACUCACAUGCUGACUGGCCCUCAGAAUAUUAGAUCCGGAUUUUGGAGAAGAUCCUCAUCCAAAGAGGGCAGACUGCAAAGGCAAGAAAUGGUACCCCAACUCAACACCACUUCCCUGCAGGAUGCAAAAGGGAACAAAUGCAACCAAGAGAUGGAGCCUAUAGUUCACACCACGCAUUCUCACAUCCUGAGGGUCCCAUUUAAUACCGAGAAAGGAGUUUUAGGACCAUGGGUCUCCAGAUUUGACAUAUAUCCUUACCUUGAGAAGUUUUCUCAGGAUGCUACCAUGAAGAUUCUUGAGCUGAUGGAAUGUAAACCAGACCUUAUGAUUGGGAACUAUACGGAUGGGAACUUAGUAGCUUCUUUAGUGAGCAGCAAACUCGGAGUGCCUUUGGGAACAAUUGCUCAUGCUUUGGAGAAGACUAAAUAUGAAGAUUCAGAUAGGGAUUUAGACUCGAAAUACCACUUUUCCUGCCUGUUUACAGCUGAUAUGAUAGCAAUGAAUGCUGCUGAUUUCAUAAUCACCAGUACAUAUCAAGAAAUUGCAGGAAGCAAGAAUCGACCUGGACAAUACGAAAGCCAUGUGGCAUUCACGAUGCCGGGGCUACACAGAGUGGUAUCAGGCACAAAUGUGUUUGAUCCAAAGUUCAAUAUCGGGUCCCCUGGAGCUGAUCAGUCUGUAUAUUUUCCGUUUAGCGAGAAACAAAAACGACUAACGAAAUUUCAGCCUGCCAUUGAGCAGUUUCUCUACAACAAGCAAGAAAAUGAGGAGCACAUUGGGUUCCUUACAGACAGAAAGAAACCGAUAAUCUUCUCAAUGGCAAGACUCGACACCGUGAAAAAUAUCACGGGACUAACUGAAUGGUAUGGUAAAAAUAGACGACUAAGGAACCUAGUCAACCUCGUGAUUGUGGGUGGGUUUUUUGAUCCGUCCAAAUCCAAGGACAGGGAAGAAAUGGUUGAAAUCAAGAAAAUGCAUGCCCUAAUCGAGAAAUACCAACUGAAGGGGCAGAUGAGAUGGAUAGCUGCUCAAACUGACAGAUAUAGAAACAGUGAGCUUUAUCGUUGUGUAGCCGACACAAAAGGAGCUUUCGUGCAGCCCGCGUUGUAUGAAGCUUUUGGCUUGACAGUUAUUGAGGCCAUCAACUAUGGGCUGCCCACUUUUGCCACGAAUCAAGGGGGGCCCGCCGAGAUUAUAGUCGAUGGGGUCUCGGGCUUCCAUAUCAAUCCAAACAGCGGGGAUGAGUCGAGCAACAAGAUUGCUGAUUUCUUUGAGAAAUGUGAAAGUGAUGGCCGGUUUUGGAAUAGGAUGUCGCUGGCGGGACUUAAGCGGAUAGAGGAAUGCUAUACAUGGAAGAUAUACGCGAACAAGGUUUUGAAUAUGGGGUUAGCUUAUGGAUUCUGGAUAGUAUUGAAUAACGAGCAAAAACAAGCAAAGCAAAGAUAUAUUGACAUUUUCUACAAUCUGCAGUUCAGGAAGCUGGCCAAGGAUAUAACUAUUCCGGGUGAAAGUAAAGAUUCAGCACCACCCAAGCAAACUCAUGAGUCCCAAGAACCAGAACUUGCCCCAACACCCAAACCGACUCCUAAACCAGAGCCACAAAGUUCGCUCAAACAAGCAACAAGGCAAACUCUUACAUAUAUAGUAACUGAUGAGCUGAGUGUAAUGAUAAGCAGGACCGAAGGUGAUAAACGAGGAGACUGGAUUCAGAAGGUUGAUGAGUCGAGAAUAAUGAGCCCAACGCCUUGUGUAUGCCAUUGGUUUUGUCUAUGCAUUUCGUGCUCAAUUGUUAUUUACUCAAUGCUGAAGAUAUAUGGGUUUUUCAAACAACCUCCUGUGUAG